AUGAGCUGCUGGCGGAUCGCCGACGACGUCCCCACCGCGCUUGUCGUCUCAGCCGCGAUCGAGCGCUUCGCCAACGGCCCCGCCAACCCGACACAAGUCGAGCGCAUCACCACGUACCUCGCCGAUCGCAACUGGUUUACACACGCCGCCGACCUUCGCGUCGCGAUUGCCAACGAAGCGCAAUGGAAGCUGAUGGAGCUACCGAUUCGACUCAAGCUCGCGCUCGAAGAAGUACUGUGCGAGUGGGACACCGUUCCACCCGAGACUUCGUCGUCGAUUGGAGUCCCCGUGGCCCAAACGGUCGCGAAUAAUGGGAGCUACAGCGCCAGCUACGACUGGGUGUGUGUCGCGUGUGGCACUGAGAACCGGUUCGAAGACUCGUUCUGCGUCACGUGCUGCGAACACUACUCCGUGUCAGUUCCCGACGCUGGCGCGCCGUCUGCCCCCGAGCCACGCAGCCGCCCCCUGCGCCAGCCGAGGUAG